GGAAACAAGACGGUGGACUUGGUAUUUUAUUGCCCAUAGAAGUCUUUAAAUAAAAUCGAAACCUCUGAGGUGAUCUUAGCUGCUCAAGCGAUAGUCGGAACCUUUUCUUUUCUCUGAUAUUUGCCUAUCUCCGACCACCAUGGCUUACGAAGACGAUCCGUACCGGGAUGAGGAUGGCGAGCCGUUGAUGGACUACGAUGAUAUACAGUCACCGGAACCACAGCAGCAGGAAGAUCUCCUCGAGGAUGAUGUUGAUGGAUGGGGAGAGCAAGAAAGAGAGAGGUCACAGACUCCUGUAUAUAAUAAUAAUGACAAAGUUGAGAAGCCCAGAAAGAGGUUGGUGAAGAAAAGCAAUUCAGGGAUUGGAGAAAAAGGUCAUUUUGUAGUGCCUGAAUUGGUCGAUGAGGAUGAAGUAGAUGAUGAGGGGUUUGGGAGGAAGAGGAAGACAUUCGGAAAGGAUUUUCAUGAAAAGUCAAAGAAGAAGUUUAGCAAAGGGGAGAAGAAGUAUUCAAGUAGUGGAGGGAAAGGCGGAAGUAGCUCCAAAUUGAAGGGGAAGAUGGCAAGGAAAGAAGAUGGUGAAGUCAAGGAGAUGUGGGACACUAUUGCUGGUGGUGAUUCUGAGGACGAUCAUGAUGGUGUUAGGACUAUGGAUGAUGACAAUUUUAUAGAUGAUAGUGGUGUAGAUCCUGCUGAUCGAUAUGGGAGUGACAAUGAGCCUCGCUCUCCCACUGAUGCUCCUCAGGCAGAGGAGGGUGAAGAGGAUGAGGAAAUCAAGGAGCUCUUCAAGAUGGGUAAGAAAAAGAAGAAGAAUGAGAAAAGCCCUGCAGAAAUUGCAUUGUUGGUUGAGAAUGUCAUGGCUGAGCUUGAGGUCACAGCUGAAGAGGAUGCAGAACUUAAUAGACGGGGGAAACCUGCCAUCACUAAACUCAAAAAGUUGCCUCUUCUUACUGAGGUCCUCUCAAAGAAGCAGCUCCAGCAAGAAUUCAUAGAUCAUGGAGUACUAACUCUGUUGAAAAAUUGGCUUGAACCCCUUCCAGAUGGAAGCUUACCCAAUAUAAAUAUCCGUGCAGCAAUUUUGAAGAUUUUGACUGAUUUUCCGAUUGAUCUGGAGCAGUAUGAUAGAAGAGAACAAUUGAAGAAAAGUGGUCUUGGAAAGGUUAUUAUGUUUUUAUCAAAAUCUGACGAGGAAACCACAUCCAACAGAAAGCUUGCUAAGGACUUGGUUGAUAAAUGGAGUCGCCCCAUAUUUAAUAAGAGCACAAGGUUUGAGGACAUGAGAAACAUUGAUGACGAUCGGGCAUUCCGAAGGCCAACUGUGAGAAGGCCGGUGAAUAACUCUGCGGGGAUGGAAUCUAGGGAUGGGGAUUUAGAUUUGGAUAUUUCCCGGGAACGGAGAUCUGGUCAAUCAUCUGCCAGACAACAACAUGCUUCUAGGCCUGAAGCUACUCCGUUGGAUUUUUUGGUACGCCCUCAGUCUAAGAUUGAUCCUGAAGAAGUUAGAGCCCGUGCUAAACAAGUUGUACAAGACCAGCGCCGAUUAAAGAUGAAUAAAAAGUUGCAACAGCUGAAGGCACCAAAGAAAAAGCAAUUACAAGCUACAAAACUUAGUGUGGAAGGUCGUGGUAUGCUCAAAUACUUGUGAAUUGUGAUGCUGCAGCUCUGCUUCAUUACAGCUGGGCGUAGCUGGCCGGAAGCAAACUAUUUGCGAGUGUACAAUCUGGCCUUUAAAUCUUGGACUGGAUGGUGGCACUCAAUCUAAUAUAAAGCCCAUUUCAAUUGUUUGGGAGAACCAACUGGCAUGAGGAUGAUUACGAGAUCAACGUGGUGAGGAUUUGUUUACUAUUUGUUAAAUUCAGCCAGCCGCUAUCCGUGUUACUUUUGAAAUUUUUAGCUUGAAACUUUGAUGGUGAGCCUAUUUACAAAGAACAAUUACUUUAUCGAGUUCUAAUUUUCUGGGCAAAAUGGAAUUUAGCAUGUUUAUACCUUUUGGAUAACUAA